AUGACGGACAUCCGGGAAGAAGAACCGACAUCAAUUCUGUCGUGGAAUUCGGCGACGAAUCAGCCUAUUCUGUUGGUUGGAGAUAUGCCUGCAGCCGGGCAGGAUGAAGCAGGACUCGGGCUAUUGCUCGACACCUCCGCAUCGACGGAAGCCCGGCUGUCGCAUGUUCUAAAGGCUGUCGCUGCAGCUGGCUUUGAAAGCCUGGACAACGCCGUUGUUGCGUACUAUGCAAAAUCUUUGAAGGACGACGAGAGGUUGGGGCAGGAGCAGAGGCUGAAUCGUAUUCGGCGGCUGCCUGUACUGUUGAAGGAACUGCAUCUCGCAUCGGAAAGCUGGUGUCAUUGGCAACGGAGAAGCUUUCAAGAGCAAUUCAUCAAGAGCACGGAAGACAUCCUCAUUGCCGAGUUGGAAGAUCACCUCGCUGCAAGGGCUGAUCCUCAACAUGGGCAACCGAACCAAGCCCCCAAGCACAAGGCAAGGGGCAAAGCAGAUAUUGAGGCUGAGCUCCCGAACACAUGGACCUUGUUGACUUCACUCUCUACAAGAUACAACACUAUUGCUUCGAAACACGGGCACAGCGACAUGCAUGACUUGGUCGGCAAGUUCCUCGCAGCCAGCACUGAUUUAGACACUUCACAGCGGGACCGAGAAUUAUACUUGAAUAAAUACUUCACCACCACUGUGAAUGUGCCGUACAGUUUGUUCUCGGCUGGAUAUGGCAGCCAAAAAAUCACCGGAGGCAAUCGCAUGAUGGUCAUUAUCGAUCUCGACAGGCACAUCAGCCGGGCCGUUUCCAACUAUCGCGCCAUUGUCUGGAACAUCCGACCCCACAGCCAGACGGCUUGCUUGAAGACGCGUUCACAGGCUGACAUCUCAUCCCAGCCGUUGCCUAGCGGCUGGACCAUGGCGAGCUCGUCGACGAUGGAUCUGCAGGCGCCUACGAAGCUGCCAAAGCUUUCUUAUGUCCAGUUUUCGAUGAAUGCCUCGCGGAGGGCGGUGAUGUGGCCGUCUUUUGGUUUUGGCUGGACGCCGUUUGGGUCUGCAGGUGCUCCUGGUGGCAAUGGUGGCGAUAUUGGCACUGUUUUAGUAACGAAUCUAGCCGCGUAG